GUGACCUGAAAUACUUAAUAUACCUACACACUCGGACCCUCAGUCGCUGGGCCGCCUCCGCCGGACCAGUUCCUGCCUCGAACUCUCCCCUUGACCAGUUGGUAAUGACUUUACUCUGCUCAACCCAACAGCGCAAAAUCUUCCAGCAAAUCCACGACCUUGAACUUGCGGUAGGCCGGUCAGCAAAUAUGCCUCCAAGCAGCCCAGUAAGUCUUCACGCAGUCCGGUAGGCCUCCAAGCAGCCCAGUAAGUCUUCACGCAGUCCGGUAGGCCUCCAAGCAGCCCGGUAGGUCUUCACGCAGUCCGGUAAGCCUCCAAGCAGCCCAGUAGGUCUACACGCAGCCCGGUAGGCCUCCAAGCAACCCAGUAGGUCUUCACGCAGCCCGGUAGGCCUCCAAGCAGCCCAGUAGGUCUUCACGCAGCCCGGUAGGCCUCCAAGCAGCCCGGUAGGUCUUCACGCAGCUCGGUAGGCCUCCAAACACCGUGUUCAGCAUCCAACGCCUUGGUCGUCUGACAAAUGGUACAUCCCUGCACAUUCCCAUAGACGAAUCCAGAAAUUCAAACAUCGACAGCAAGGAGGAUUUAGAAAAAUCUUGAGGAGGAGGAUGUCGUCGAAGGUCGUCGAAGGGACGACUAUGGAAUCCUCGACGUUGGAACUCGUCGAGGAUUGUCAUGUACCAAAACCGGGGCACAUGUGGGGUGCGCGCUACACCCUGGCCCUGCUGGGGUUCUUGGGCUUCUCGUCGGUAUAUGCCAUGCGGGUCAACCUGUCCGUCGCCAUUGUUGCCAUGGUGCAGGGAAGCAACUCCGCCAACACCACCAACUACACCGACCCGUCCUCACACUACGCUUGUCCCCUGCCGGACGACUUCGAUACUGAGGGCGCUAAUAACGACGGCGAGUUCGACUGGGACUCACAAACUCAAGGGCUGAUCCUUGGCUCGUUCUUCUAUGGGUACACUGUGACCAACCUUGUGGGUGGGCGGAUAGCAGAGUACUUGGGCGGGAAGGUGGUGUACGGUACAGGGAUCCUUCUCACCUCCGUCCUCACCCUUCUCUCCCCCCUCUGUGCCAGGACCUCAGCUCAGCUCUUUGUCGCCAUCAGGAUCUUGGAAGGAAUAACUGAGGGCGUGACUUUCCCGGCUAUGAAUUCCAUGUUAGCUAACUGGGUGCCCCCGAAGGAGCGAGCCAAGUUCUCCACCCUGAUAUAUGCCGGUGUACAGUUCGGGACGGUGGUGACGCUGUCCGCCAGCGGCUGGAUGUGCGACUCCGAUUUCCUGGGAGGAUGGCCGUCUGUGUUCUACGUUUUUGGCGCUCUGGGCCUUGUGUGGAGCGUCGCGUGGUUCUUGCUGGCGUUUGAUAACCCGGGGACUCAUCCCAGAAUCUCCGAGGAAGAAAAAAAAUACAUUAUUCGCUACUGCGGCAAGAAGAGAGAUAAGCCCUUGCCGCUGCCCUGGAAGGCCGUGUUGACAUCCGUCCCAGUGUGGGCCGUCAUCGUGGUCCACUUCGGCUACAACUGGGGGUUCUACACGCUCCUCACGGAGCUCCCCACCUACCUCAAUAACAUCCAGCACUUCGACAUGAAGAGUAAUGGGCUGGUGUCAGCACUGCCGUACCUGGUCAUGUGGAUCUUCAGCCUCAUAUACUGCGCCAUCAUCGACCGGGUUAUCGCUAAGGGCAAGAUUUCCUUCAUCACCGUCAGGAGACUCUCCAUGGCAAUAGGUGUUUACGGACCGAUGUUGGGCCUCAUUGCCAUGUGCUUUGUGAACUGCGACGCGAAGCUGGCCAUGGGGAUGCUGUGUGUGGCUGUUGGCUUCAACGGGGCCUCGUACAGCGGCUACAUGUGCUCCCACCAGGACCUCUCCCCCAACCUGGCCGGCUCCCUCAUGGGCCUCACCAACGCCAUCGCCAACAUAUCUGGCUUCGUCGCUCCAGCAGUCACUGGCGCCAUCACUGAAAACAACCAAUCGCUGAGCGCAUGGAGGACGGUGUUCCUCAUCUCCUCAGCGACGUACCUGGUCAGCAACACCAUCUACCUCAUCUUCAUCUCCGCCGACGUGCAGCCCUGGAACAACCCGAGACCCGGCACGGACGCAGGGCAGAUGAAGGAGAAGGAGGAGGCGAAGCAGCAGGACUAGAGAAUACUCGAGCAGGAGAGCAAGAUGCUCCUCCACUAAGAAGUCACCAAGAAGUUGUGACCAUCCGUGACAGGGAAGGUGAUGACCUACCGUGGCCUCAGAGCAUCCCUACCCUCUCUCCUACCAGCGUCAUCACGACAAAACCUGCAGCAAAGAUGUCUGCGUCAGGAGACAUAAAUAUGAGUCACCCCGGCGACCUGAGCCUUCCCUCCUGGUGCUGAAGUCCGUCGCUUCAUCACUGAACCAUUCUGAAAGUGCUGCUCACCUUAAGUCAAACAUAAAACAUGGAAUAUAUUGGAAGAUAUUAAUCCAGACCACUUCAAAAGGUCCCCCAAAGUACGGGACACAUGGGACACGAGCACCAGGGUCAACAAACAACAAUGAAGGUCAGACAAUAGAUAUCUUUUCCCACAGGAUAACAAGCCCACUGAAGACGUAAAUGACAAGACAAUAUUUAAUUUUAAAAUUCAUCCUGAAAACAAUUCUCAGGAACUAUGGGGAGAUCUUUAAGACAAGUUCGCCAAGUCGACGACAGCGUUUAAUAUAUUUUUUGUGUGUCUUUGAAAGGUCUUGGAGAAGAUCUGUCCCGUCAAGGCCGGUAGAGAUAGCGGGCUUAACAUAAAUUCAAAUAAAUAACCGAGAGAAAAAAGACAAUUCAGUUUCCAUGACAUAAUUACCAAUGUACAUAAUUGACCUUUUUUUGAGGGGAAUUAUUAAGCGGGAUUAUACACGUGAGAUAUAUAUAUAUAUAUAUAUAUACUUGAGUUAUGAUAUAUCAUUAUUAUAUAUACUAUAUGUGUGUAUGUUAUAUUUAUGUCCUAUUUAUAUAUUUCUAAUUUAUUUAUUACACAUUAAAAUGUGGUUUGUGAGCAUGAGAUUAAGCGUCGUGUUGACCAUCGUGGACACUUGCCAGCAGUGACAGGAAGCCGUCACUUGACCAGUGGUCACUUGACAGUGCUAAGUGGAGGGUCUUGACCCGGGCAAGACGUACCUGUAGCAGUUAGGCACGGGAGACAUCUCCCGUCACGCAGGGUGCGGUCGCACCUCCACAGAUCUCCAGUAUCAGCUCUUGAUACUGGUAAUGGCUCAAAAGGGACACCACUUACGGGCUAUUCAUGCCCGUGCCACCUUUUGGGUGGCUUAAUCUUCAUCAAUCAAUCAGUAGUUAGGUUACCAAAGGUACGUCUACGUACGUCAGUUACUGAGCACGUGGUAGUUACUCUACCACGGUUGUUACACUACCACGUGUCUCUAAAACAGGAUGACCUCUUGUAUAACACCAAUUUAAAUGAACAAAUCCACAAGGAGCCGUGUCGAGGAUUCGAACUUACGUCCGAGAGCAUCCCAGACGCUGCCUUAAUCGACUGAGCUAACCCAUGUCGUAGCUCAGUCGAUUAAGGCAGCGUCUGGGAUCCUCUCAGACAUACAUUCGAACCCUCGUCACGGUCCUUGUGGAUUUGUUCAUUUGAUGCAACACGCUAAUGGGAUUUCAGUGUGUACCAAUUCCAAAUUAAGCCCCAAGUGUAUUUAGUAAGUUCUUGAGUAAAUAGUUGAUAAUUGUUAAUACCUACGUGUUGUAAAUAAUAUACAUAUAUAUAUAUAUAUAUAUAU